GCGGCGCGUCCACCGUCACAAGGAGCACUGAGCGCCGCUGCCUGCAGGGAACGCUUUAUAAAGAGCUAAAUUUACCCGAACUUUACGUUGUUUCCUGAGCUCUCACAUUGGACGGGGCGCGCUCGGGUUAGAGACUUAUAAAGGUUCCGAGGACCUUCCUUUCACUUUUAAACUCCACACGGUUCAUGUCUCCGGAGCGGCACGGAAAUCUGACUUUUGAGCAGAGAUAUAGUUCUUAUUUCCACAAACCCUGUGCCUUAUCCGGGGUGAUGCUGCCGUCAUUUUCGACAUUCUCAAACCAAAGAGAGAAAACGUGGGAAAACAGGUGGAAAGGAGACACGGACAAACUAGUCUCCGCCAGCUGCUCCAUGCUUGAAAUGGUACACAACCUGGACAAUCACAGCAAAAGAGACGACGAGGAUCUGAGCAAUUACUUGGAUCUGGAUUUUAUUCUCGCCAACACGACCGGCUCCUCAGACAGCCCGGGGGAGUUUGUGGGCACAGCCGACUUCAGCAUGUACGCCGCGGGCACCUCGGCGCCGUCCUACGCGGCAGACGACCACCGCUCCCCGCCGCCGCCGUACGGCGCCAGCCUCAUGACGGAGCUGCUCCGCUCCGAAGGAAACACCACCAACAACAACAACAACUACGGCAUUACGCGCAACCACUGCCUCCAGGGGAGGUUUCAUGUCAACGCGGCGCACUUUCCCCGCCAGGACAUCAAAGUGGAGCCCCCGAUGGAAGGCUACGGCCCCGUUUUGGGCAUGGUGCCCCAGAGCUGCAGCAAAAUCAAGCAAGAAGGCAACGUUUCGUGCAUGAUGUCCUUCGAGCAGCCGCGGGUGGCCAUCUCCCCGCGCGCAGCCAGCAACAUGACCCCUCCUCUGAGCCCCGAGGACCAGGGCGUUUCGGACUGCCAGGCACAGCUGUGCCAGCCCAUGAACUACUCACAGAAGUACCACGCUGCAUUCCCGCACCACCCUCAGGCCCCCCACAUGCAAAUGUCCUACCACCCUGCGCACGCCGCCUUCGGCAUGUACGACGAGGGUCUCAACGUGCAGCCGGGCGCGCAGAGGGUGAUGCUCACGCCGCCCUCCUCUCCCCUCGAGCUGCUGGACUCCAAGCCCAAGAGAGGACGACGGACGUGGCCGCGGAAGCGCACGGCGUCGCACACCUGCAGCUACGCGGGCUGCGGAAAAACCUACACCAAGAGCUCACACCUGAAGGCUCACCUGCGAACUCACACCGGUGAGAAGCCGUACCACUGCAGCUGGGAAGGCUGUGGGUGGAAAUUCGCCCGCUCCGACGAGCUGACCCGUCAUUUCCGCAAACACACCGGUCACCGGCCCUUCCAGUGUCACCUGUGCGAGCGCGCCUUCUCCAGGUCUGACCACCUGGCACUUCACAUGAAGAGACACAUGUGAAGGUGCUCACAUCAGGACUUUGAGGGGGGGUUGUGUUAUUUUCGUAUCUAUUGUUUUUUAUGUAUUUUUUAUUUAAAUUGCUGUCCAAAUGACCAAUGACCAAUGACCUUUUUUUUAUAUGUAAUAUUGAAUGGAAAAGUUUUGGUGGUUUUAUCUUCUCAAUCUAAUAAUGUAGCUGGUACUACUUUGGUUCAAUACAGGCUUUAGAAAAGCUUUGUUUGCUUUAGAACAGGGAGACCAAGAAGGGGCUGGCCCAGUACAUAUAUACUACUCUUCUUUGACAGAUCGGGGAACGCUGUGUUUGACACAAAAGUGCCUUUCCACGACUGUGCUACUGUAAAACUUGUAGUAGAACGACACGGCCACAAAACAGUACAUGUCCUUAAUGACAGGGGUGAAAUGCACGUCGUUGACUAACACGUGCAGAGACAAUGUUUUAUUUAAACUGCCUCAAUGUCUGAAUGGCCUGAACUGCUUUAUUUUAUUGAUCAUUCCUAUUUGGGGUAGCUUUUGUCCUCUCUGGUGUGAAACUCCUGGAUCCAGUCCCUGUGUUCGCUAUCAGGGCUUGAUGCCCUGUGCAUUAUUUUUCACUUAAAUUUAUAUAAAUAUGUACAUGGUUUUUAUACUGUAAAAUGUAUAUUUAUUGUAAAUAUUAAAAACAAUGAAAUUGAA